UCAAAUGUGUAAACAAAAACAAAGAUAAUAAAGUUGAAAAUAAACAGUUAAAAAUACAAACAUCUAAAGUAUUAAAGAAAUAGUGACAUAAUGAUAUCCGAAUUCGCAAAAGAAAAAGUAUAUUGGACGAGAAAAAUGAAUCUAAAAUUAGUAAAAUUCAUGGAAAGCAGACCGAAUAUUUGGAACCCUAAACAUCCAAAGUACACUUCAUUAAAAUAUAGAGAUAAAACAUAUGCGGAAUUUGCUUCUCUGUACGGCAACGAGUUCACAGGACAGAUAGUAAAAGAUCGUUGGACGAAUAUAAGGUCUACCUUUGCCAAUUACUUGAGAAAAGUAAAAGCAAGUCAGGCUAAAGGCGAUGGAGAGCCUUACAAGGUGACAUGGCACUUAUGGGAUGCAUGCAAGUUUCUACUUAAAGUUAACAAAAAUAUUCAAGGAGAUACAAAUGACUACAGUAAUAAUGAUUUAAAGGAUGAAACAGAACAAGAGGAUGUAUCAAGUAACUCGGAUAACUCGGAAAAAUCCUACAACAAUGAUCCUUCAUGUCAAAAUAUAGCCAACGGUAUUUUAAAUGUAUUCCGUGGAGUUCAAAAUGAUGUUUUUGGUUUAGAAAACACAAAGUAUGCACAAGUAGGACAAUUAGUGGCCCAAAAAUUAUCACAAAUGAGUUCCUAUGAAGCAGCACAAAUGUCAAAUAAAAUAACAGAAAUCUUAUUAAUGUACCAUGAAGAUAAUCCUUUGAAUCCAAAUAAUUUAAAAUCAGAGCUAAAUAUAAGUUAAAUAUUAAUGUACAGUCAGCCAAGUUAUUUGGUGUACAGGUAAACAAAUAAAGAUUGAUAUACCAACUAUUGGUUAAUUAACUACAGUUACUAACUACUGUCUUUAUGUUCUUAAGUAAUGUUUAUUUUCUUACCUGUAUACUAAAUAACUUGACUAACUGUACAUAAAUACAAUUGUGAUUAUCUUAGUUUUAGUUUGACAUUGCUGAGCUGAGCAUUCUUGACAGUUAUUUCUUGUAAUGCAAUGUUCAAUGGUGUAUGAAAUAUAACUCUAUAGUUACAGUAUUACUUUUACAUAAAGGCAAUCUGAAUUUUAAUUAAGUGUUAGCAAUAAAUAGAAAUCAAGAUUUAAUUGAG